CUUUAUAAACACUACUCCAAUAUAAACAUACCCUGCAGCAAAUUAAAAUAGUAGCAAGGUUUUAGAAAAAGAAAAAGAAACAAUCUAGGCAAAUAAAAGAGUACUAGAAUAUGGCAAGUGCAGUGAUGAUGAGUUCAUUUAGCCUUAAUCCUUCUCCCUUCAGUACUACUGUGAAAAAGGCAUCACUAGCAAGGCCUUCAUCCUCCAGACUGAGAGUAGUGGCCAGUGGUGGCAAGAAGAUCAAAACUGAUAAGCCUUAUGGAAUUAAUGGAGGCAUGAAAUUGGAAGAUGGUGUUGAUGCCUCGGGCAGGCCGGCCAAGGGAAAGGGUGUAUACCAAUUCGUGAACAAAUACGGAGCUAAUGUUGAUGGAUACAGUCCUAUUUACAACCCGGAUGACUGGUCUCCGAGUGGCGAUGUCUAUGUUGGAGCUUGUCAUGAUAGAUUGGAGCUAAAACUCAUUUUAUUGACUGAUUAGAGAAGCUUGGAAGUGAUAAAGUUUUGAAAACCUCCAUUGUUGAAAUUUUGAAGAAGCCGGAAAGGUGAGCUAGUGUUUUUUGGAUUCAUUUGUUGGAUUGAGCCUAUUGGAGAAGGACGUCGAAGCUAGAGAACGUAAUAACCAUGGAAAGGUGAAAAAUUCAAAGCAAAGUAGUCCGCCAUUGACGAGCUCCAUUGAAGCUUCGAGUUCGAAGUUUCGGGUUGCCACAAACGAACUCCGAUUGGAAUGGGUAAUAUCUCAAAAGAAUUGAAACGUCGAGAGGAAUUCGAAACCUGAAAUUUGAGGCUGUUGGGUGGAGAUUUGAGGUGUAUUUGGUUGAAUUUUAAGCAGCUUCUAUACCCUCAUGCGCUGCUACUUCUAGUUGACACGAAAAUGGCCAAAAAAAGGUACAAAAAUACAGAAAAAAAUAAGGCCAGGGGGGUAAUAGGUCGUCCGCAAAGGUUGGGUGCGUCAUAAUUAAUCCGAGUAUACGUUUGGGGGGGGGGGGGGGAUUUAUGUAUUUUCCCGAUAUAUUUUAAACCUUUAUAUUCUAUGAAUCCUAUGUGCACAAUUUUGGAUUUUAAAAAUGAAACUACUUUAAUAGAAAUUAAUUUUGGUAGAUCCAAGGUUACAACUCGCAGACCUAUUAAAUGGGAUGAAAUUGAUUUUCCCCAAAAAUGGGUCAUAAAGGGAGCUGCCCGUAAUUUGAAUACAGAUGUUACUGAAAUUAAACAAACCCAGAUGGGACUAUCAAGUUAAGGUUCGCAAAACCAAAAUUCUUGAUAGACAAACAUAAUAGUAUCAACACAAAGUCAAGAUGGACUAAAUCAAAUUCUUUAUAUCAUUCUUAUAUUUCGCGAUUAUAUUUUUAGAUCUUCAUCUAGAACUUCUACUUCUCAGAUAAGAUAAACGAAUAAUAAUAGGAUUAAUAGUAUUAGAAUCGACAAAGAUAAUAGUCAUUGGUAUUCAAGACACGAAAAUUACCGAGUCAGAAAUGGAUUUUUUAAGUAUUUAAUGGAUAAAGUCCAAAAAAUUAAUUUUAGUCUGGGAUCACCCGCAAGAAAAUAGAUCAAUGACUGAAUUUUUCAAACCCAGAUAGGAAUCAUUUAAUAAAUGAUUUUUUGAAAGUUUUGAGACAAAAGAAAGAGCUUAUUUCCAAGAAGAAUAUUAUAAAGAUGUUUCACAACUUGACAAGAUUAUAUCUUUCGGUUCUUGGUUUAUGACGAAACAUGUGGAAAAUUAUAUUUCUGUUUUAGAAAGGGAAUACCGGUUGACUAAUGGAGAAAUUAUUAAUGUUAUCUUUCCUCCACAACAAUCUUUUCAAAUUGAAAAGGAUGACAAAGUUCUCCAUUUUGCAGCUUUCUCAAAAUUAUUUGAGAAUGAUACUUUACAAAUCACAAAUAAGCAUUAGGUGUGUACAAAGUAAACAGACAAACCGCACCAAACCGAUAAAUCGAGAAAAAAACUCAACUAGCGGUUUGGUUUGACUUGGUUUGGUGUUAAAAAAAAAAUCCGACCAUAAUUGGUUUGAUUUGUUUUUAGCUAAAAUAAGUCAAACCGAAUCAAACCAACCCGACAUUACAUGUAUUCAGUUUUUAAAAUAUUUUAUACAUAAAAAUAUUUAUUUGUAAUAUAAUUUAUAAAUAUUUCUUAAAUUUUUUCGUAGUUUUUUAUCUAUUAUUAUAUUAUUCAAGUUUGAACUUAGAAUUUUGAAUGUCAAUAAGUUUUAUAUCCUAUGAAUGUUAGUAACUCAAAUAAAGUUCAAAUCAAAAUCAAAUCAAUACUAAUGCUAACAAAAGAAAUUCAAUCUACCACUAAAAAUGACAAUAAUGUUGGAUAUAUAUUCUUUAGUUUUGUAUAAUUGGUUUAGGGAGUGAAAAUACAUAGCUUAAGUUUUUUUUCUUUGUCAUGUAACUAAUACUUGUUAGCUGUACUUAUUUUAGAUGACUUAGUAUUUUUAGAUUAGGGUCAUUUUCUUUAUGGUUUAUUAAUUAGCAAUAUCUAUUUUAACCGAUUUUAUUAUCUUUUGCUGAAUAUUUAAUACAAUGUAAUCACUUUUCUCACAUUUUGUGUUAUUUUCUUAAGAAGCACCGUAAUUAUAUAGUUGUAUCUUUACUAGGACUAAAGAAAUAUUUGAAGUAAAAGUGUAUAUGUUUUGUAUCAAGACUAUUCCGGGGGGAAAAAAAAGGAAAAAUCCGAGAAAAUCGAAUAACCUGAGAAAAUCGGAGUUUGAAAAGCUCGAAUUUUAUUGGUUUGGUUUGGUGUAUAAAUUUUAAAACCCGACGCAAUUGGUUUGGUUUUGUGUUUAAAAAAUUCGAACCAAUCCGGUCCAUGUACACCCCUACUAAGCAUAUUAAUAAUUAAUAAUAUGCUGAAGCAAAAAAAUUACGUCAAUAUUUAUAUGAAUAUAUUGGGUGAACAGAUUAUUCUGUUACGUGAUAAAAUUAAAAAAUUGAUUUCCAAAAUUUAAAAAUUACAUUCUUCUGCUAACUCUACUGAGGAAAAGCAGGAAACCAUUGCUACUCCUAGUGUGCAGUCUCCUCCUGAAAUCCAAGAUUUUAAAUUAAAAGCGUUUUUAGAAAUUGAAAAACUGCUUGAUGAUAAAAUUAAAAAUAUAAAAAUCAGUCUGUUGAAUGCGGAAGGAGAUGAGGAUGAUUUCGACCUUUCUGAUGAUGAUUAUAAACAGAAAGUGUCUGAUGAAAUUAAUUAAUAAAUUGAAAAAGUAUGCUCAUAAGCCUACUCAGAGGAUGUUUUACUAUCCCGUCCCACUCCCCAAGACGUGUUAUUUGAAGAAAGUAUAUUUUAAAUAACAGUUAUAGUAGUAAAAAUAUUUAUGUGUGGAAUAUUGAUGGUUAUAUCGAAAGGCAAAUUUAUAAUGUUAUACGUAUGAUGCUCAUGUACAACACGAUUUGUAAAGCAAAUAAUAAUAACAAUAAGACUAUUGCUGAAAUAAUGAGUGUCGGUUUUCCUGACCAAUUGAGAGGAUGGUGGAAUAAUUAUUUAACCCAAGACCAUCGUAAUAGGAUUCUAAUGCUGUCAAAGAUGACCAUACAAUUGGGACAACCCAAGGAUAAAAUGUUGUCUACUCUUUGGUCAUUAAUAUAAUAGAACAUUUCUCUAGAAGGUGGUCUGAUAAUAGUGAAAAUAUUAAGACUAUGCUUCAGAAUCUGCGAUGCAAAACCUUUGCAUCAUUUAGUUGGUACACGGAUGUAUUCAUUAGUAGGGUUAUGGAGCUACUUGAGUGUAAUAACACCCCUUGGAAGUCCAAGUUUAUAGAUGGGCUACCUAGUUUUUUUGGUAGAAAGUCCAAGUUUAUAGAUGGGCUACCUAGUUUUUUUGGCAGAAAGAGUUAGGAAAGUUUUCGAAAAAGAGAAACCAACAUCAAUUAUGAUGAAUACACCUAUGGAAAGUUAAUAGAUACUUGUAUCCAAGAAAGUUUAUCCCUAUGCGAUGAGAUUAAGCUGAGUCAACAAAUCAAGAGAUAUCGUCUAAAUGAAAGAUAGCAAUUAGGGAAAUUCUGUGGACAAUUCAGUAUGGAGAUUGCCAAAACCAAAGAGCCUCAUAGGCAUAUAAGAAGAAUAAGAAGGAUUUUCAAGCUUUUAAUUCUGAAUGGAAAAAGAAACGCAUGGGAAAGAAAGAAGAAAAAAGGAAUUUAGAAAAAAGAAGGAUUUCAUAAAAAGCAAAAAUUCAAAUUCUGGCUAGAAAUGUGGCAGGAUUGGUCCCUAUUGUAAAGACUGCAAAGUUAAGCAAAAGAUUAAUUGUCACGAUCUAACCCGCCAUAAGUGGCAUCCAUCUAAAUCCUAGUGGGUGAACCAACAUACAAAACACCUAUCCAUUCAAUCCGGUUUUUAUAUAAAUCAAGCUAAACAAUUAUUGCUCAUUUAACAACAAAAGAACAAGUAAAUCACGCCAUAAAUACUGUAGUAAGUGCGGAAGUUCUAAUUAUUGCAAUCCCCAAAAUUUGAAAGUCAUCGUACAGGACUCUAAGCCAAAAACAUGUCUAAGAAUCUGAAGUCUAACAAGUAAUCAAUCCAUAAUGUCUAGAGUACAAAAAGACAUCAUAGCAAGAAGAUCUUAGGGAGGAUUGGCAUGGGAAGAAGCUCACCCCAAGGUAGUAUCAGUACAAACACUAUGUACUGGUAAGCAUCAUAGGUCGACUAAGAUUAGUAUCAUGCAUAUUUAGUAAAAUCAAUAGAAUAAAACACGCCAAUCACCAAUCAGGAACAUCAGUAAAUCACAGUAAUUCAACUAAGAACAAUCACAAUCAAUCACUAAGAUGUCAAGCAUCACAAUCACGUAAGUCAACAACGGGAACAAAUUUACCAUAAUAACCACACGCACUGUACAUACAUGCUAGCUGAUGUCUUAGCUCAGUAGUCAUGACCUGCAGGGGACCCAUGGUGUCUGUGUACCACUCGUUCCGGAAUAUUCUUCGGACCCGAGCGCAAACCUCCGCUCCGGAACGAACCUCCAAAACGGAACAAAUCAAUGUACCUCUCGUUUCCGGAACUAUCCUCGGACCACGAGCUCAUAAUUUAGGUCACAUGUGUGCCUUUUCAUAACAGUGUUUCUUACCUUUCAAUAUCAAUACUCAACUCAUCAUAUCAUGACACAAUACCAUCGAGAAGAUUAGAUUAGCUUCUCAUCACAACACAUCACUGCAGAUUCACUCACACAAGAAUAAUGGCAUGAAGUCUACACAAACACUCAAUUCGCAUUCACAUAAGAGUGUUGCUACACAAUCUCGUGCAUGAAAACUAGACAUGCUUUGUCCGAAGGAAAUCACAAACAUACAAUCAACUAACUAAAGUCUUAAUUCAAGUAAACCGUAACCUACCUCAAAGUAGAGCUGGAACAAUGCCCGUCACUCUGCUACAGCCUUUCCUUUCCUCAAAGCCUCAAUACGUUCGCUGUCUAAAAAUAGAAGGCUCAAUGAGUCACAUUGUUUAAUUUGCAAAUACCAAGGCAAGAAAUACCUUUCCUUCUCCCCAUUCUAAGGGUGGAUGAUUUUCUAGGUGAUAAACAACCUAUCAAAUCCCCUAAUAUUCAUAAACCAUCAAUUUAUAGCACAUUCUAUCAAACAUUCUCAUUACAAACAGCUUUCUAUGGCAAAGACAUCAUUUUUAGAGAACCUUAGGUCUCAAUCACUAAGUUUACUAUUCUAAAUGUUCAAUUUAUGACAAAUAGCAAUUAAUCAAUCCAUUUAAAUGAUAAAUACGCGUUAAUAAUCGCAACCCAUUAAGUUUAAAAGGUUUAUUGAUAUUCUAGGGUUCCUACUUCAUUUUCACCAUUAAAGACCCAUGAAGAUGAUUAAAAUAACAGAUGGAAUGGAAAGCAAAGAGAUUUACCUCUCAAGGUUAACUUGCCAUAGUUUGAAAAUCCUCUUUAGGUACUUGUGGGAAAGUGUGUUGGUGUGUUAUGAAUGAAAAUAUAACACUAAGGCAUUAAAAACCCAAUUCUGUCUUCCUGUCGACCGCUGCAGCGGUCACUACGCUGCUGCGGCGGUCACUACGCUGGUGCAGCGGUCCUGCUAAAGCGGUCAAGCCACCGCUAUAGCGGACCCAAGAUAAAUCCCCUCACCGCUAUAGCGGCAUUGCCGUAGCGGGCAAUGGCCAGCCACAGCGGCCCCAAGAGAAAGUGGUUGACCAGCGCUCCAGCGGUACUCCCACCGCCACAGUGGUGCAUUUUGGGCAGUGAGCUAGAUUUUUUGUCUAGUUUUCCCCUUAUCGCCCCACAUUUCAUCCAAGGCCUCAAAAACACAACACAAAACAUGCAGAAUACAAAAAAACGCCCUACGAAUCCACCCGCGGCCUCGGAAUUCCCAAUGGAGUCCGAAAUUUCCAUAACGACCGGAAGGGUCGUUACAUUAAUAGUCUUAACAUUGAUGAGGAAUUAAAGGACACGUUGUCCAAAUUAUUGUUGAAUUCAGAACCAGAAGAUCCAGGUUUUGAUUUAGAUACAACAAAGGAUUCUGCUUCAAAUAAAGAUCUCAGAGUUCUUGAUAAUGAAAGUUAUAUUUCUUCGGAUUCUGAUGAAGAAUGUGCUCCUUGUCAAAUAGGACAGCCUUGUUCUAGUAAAGGCAACAAGGAAGACGAUAUUCUCUCAGCUCAAAGAUUUGAAUAUCAAUAUUUUAGAUGGUAAUAACUUGGUUGAAUUAUUAAAGAUGAUCAAAGAUUUGGAUAUCAGGUCUUAGAUGAUCGAUCAAGUUCAUGAGGCACCUGAAAUCCAAGGUGAAAACAAAACCGAGAAUCAUGAGGCCCAUACACUAUGUCUGAAGUUAAAAGACUUCUUGAACAAAGGAGAAACAUCAUAAGCACUCCCUUACCACAACAUAGGACUUGAAAAUAGAGAUUGAUAAUCUAAAAAGAGAGAGAUCGAAUCUCAAGAAAGAUAAUAGAAUUUUGGAUCAAAGAAUUUCUAGAAUUGAGGGCUUCCAUGAAGGCAAACAGAUUAUAGAAACCUCAGCCAUUGAAGGUAUAGGUAAUGAGGCGAAUAAAGAAUUUCUCCAAACAUUUUUUAUAAAAAUUACUCUUUUAACUGAUUACCAUUUUAAAAAAGAGUUUACUGCUUUAGUUGAUAGUGGGGCAGACUUAAACUGCAUCCAGGAAGGAUUAAUUCCCCCCUGAUAUUUUUAUAUAACUACUCAUAAUCUCAGUUUUGCUAAUGGGCAGAAAAUGAAAAUUAAUUUUAAAUUACCAAGAAUUUAUAUUUGCAAAGAAAAGGUUUGAAUACCCGCAAGGUUUGUACUUGUGAAAAAUAUUUCAAACCAUAUAAUUUUGGGAAAACCUUUUUUCAAAAAAAUAUUUCCCAUUUUACGGUUAGAUGAUGACAAAGUUCUCUAGUUUGCAGUUUUUUCAAAAUUAUUUGAAAAUGAUACUUUACAAAUCACUACUAAACAUAUUAAUGAUAUGAUGAAGCAACAAAACUACGCUAAUAUUUAUAUGAAUAUAUUGGGUGAACAGAUUAUUUUGUUACAUGAUAGAAUUGAUAAGUUGAUUUCUGAAAUCAGAAAACUACGUUCUUUCGAAAAAUUACCUUCUUCUGCUAACUCUAAUGAAAAAAAAAAAUAUAUCACUGUCACUCCUAGUGUGCAGCCUCCUUUUGAAUUCAUUUAAAAAAAAAAAUUAAACUCUUUCUAUGUUACUUCUAAUAGAAAAAAUUUGGUGGACCUUUCAUUUCUUUCCUAACUAGUGAUAGAGUUAUUGAGCCAAGUGUGUUUUUCCCCUCUUAUAUCUGAAGCAUAUUGAAAAUUGCAGGUAAGACUGGCUUAGCCAUUUGGGCUGUAACGCUGGCUGGA